AUGUCGAAAGUUGCUAGCUUGCCAGCAACUGAACGGCAGGUGCUUUUGAAUAAAAUUAAGAAAUCUGUUGACCAAACCGAGGCUAUUUGUUCGGAGAGUUCAUGUAAUGGUGAAGAAAGCAAUCAACCAAAAAUUAUUCAGGUAAACGUUCUUUAUGAAGUUUCAUUCAAUUACCUUCUUCAGUCAACCACGGACACACCCCCUAUUAGAACGUCUCAAAGAAAGCUUCCUUUGAACUCGCAACGGCGGCGUCCGAUUACUUCAAAUAACAUUCCCACCAAACCCCUAUUGGCCCUUGCUUGUCCCGUCUGUGAACUCAAAUUCUCUAAUUGGACAAUCUUCUCCAACCAUCUCCACACUGGACAUUCCCAAUCAACCAUUUCUUCCGUUUGUCGUCGUUGUCAUGGCAUUUUUCGGAAUCACGCUCUCCUUUUAGCUCAUGAGUGUUUCAAGUGGGGCCGUAACAAUCUCCCCUGUUCCACUGUUUAUUCCUCUAUCGAGGAUUCCCCUAUUCUCAAAGACUUCGGAUUUCCUUCUGAGGGUAUUUAUUUUGAAAGGCGCUGUGGCCUUUGUCUCACAUCAGACGUGGUUUAUUCAAACUUCGAACAAUAUGAGAGGUAA